AUGGACGCAAGAAAGGAACGUAAAGUGCUCGCCAAGAAACUAUUAGAAGAGGUGGUACAAAAUUUAGACGACUUGUCUGAUUUAUCAGGCUCAGAUUCUGAGGAUGACUCAUGCUUUAUCAACAGUAUUCAUUCUCCUUCCGAUAGUUACCUAAAUCAGCUCGAUGAUAACCUAAUUGAACAACGUCUUGAACAUAUCUUUGGCUUUGGAUUGACGGGAGACAAACAAGACCCACCUUCUCCCCCUAUGCAAACUCAACAGAUUUCAACGGAUGCCUUACUGACAGUCUUAGAUGAAACAUCGCAUUUCACAAACACACCAAAAACAGACAACAGUCUUUUGCCAACUCACUUAGGUACUGAAACUGAGCAAUGUUAUGAUCAGCCUUCUGACGUUCACACAUUUAAUGAAGUUCAGCAAAAUUUUGAUGUCAUUGAUGCCCCCAUGGAAGAGUUUUUGGCAGAUGAUGGGCAAGAGUCUGAAACUAACAACGAAGUACGCAGAGAUCGUUCUCAGCCAAGAGUAUGGGAGAUAAAAUCGGAAACCCAUGAAGUUCCUCUUUUCGAAAAACGUUUUAAGCCCAAGGCUAACGAUACUCAUAAAACAUCACCUCUAAGUAUUUUUGAGCGGCUUUUUCCUGAUGAACUGAUGGUAAUAAUUGUGGAACAAACCAACAGAUACGCCCGUCAGAAAAAUAGUACUAACUGGAAACCUGUAACUCUACAAGAUAUUAAGGCGUAUCUAGGAGUUUUAAUCCUUAUGGGCUUAAAUCCUUUACCGGACAUGGAACUCUACUGGUCAUCAGAUCCCUUUUAUUACAAUAAGGAAAUUGCCCAGGUUUUCCCAAUAGUAAGAUUUAAAAAAAUUACAGAAAACCUCCACUUAAAUGAUAACGAGAUGGAACCACCAAGAAACUCCCCUGAAUAUGACAAAUUAUUUAAAUUGAGACCCCUCCUCACAAAACUCAACAAAGUUUAUCAAAGAGAGGCAUACAAUUCAGAAGUACAAUCGAUUGAUGAGUGUAUGGUCAAAUUUAAAGGGCGCAGCUCCUUAAAGCAAUACAUGCCGAAAAAACCCAUCAAAAGAGGAUUUAAGGUAUGGGCAAGAUGUGACGCCAAAACUGGGUACUUGUACCAAUUCGAAGUGUAUUCAGGAAAAGGCGACAGCACCGAAAAUGAAGGGUUAGGCUACAAUGUUGUCAUGAAACUCUGCAGUAACGUACCAAGAAACACUUUAAUUGCCUUUGACAACUUUUUUACUAGCUGUAACCUCAUGGAGGAUCUUUACGAUAAAAAUAUUUAUGCAGUGGGAACAGUCAGAUGCAACAGAAAGGACUUACCUGAUAUGAUAAAAAAAAAACAACCGAAACCAUUGCGAUUAGAUAAACAUCAGUUUUCAGCGGUUACUGCAGAGCCAAUCACAGCCAUUAAAUGGCUUGACACAAAGGAAGUUACUGUCCUGACAACAGCACAUCAGCCCUUAGACACAAGGAUGAUAAAAAGAACCCAAAAGGAUGGCUCUAGAGCUGACAUUCUCUGCCCGGCUGCAAUUGCUUCAUACACGCUCAGUAUGGGCGGAGUAGAUCUUUUUGACCAUUUUAGAUCGUCAUACCCUAUAAACCGGAAAUCCAGGAAAUAUUGGAUGCGACUAUUCUUCUUUCUGUUCGAUGCAUCUAUAAUUAAUGCCUACAUAACGUACAACUACUCCCAUGUCCCGACCCUGCAUGGCCACCGUGAUUUCAGACUACGUUCUUCGACUAUGAACAAAUGGAUUAAAGAGAUUCACAGAGAAACACAGUAUUCUGCAGCUCAUAGACAAGGUGUAUCAAUGGAUCUAAUCAAAAACAAUGCUGGUUGA